GCUGUGGGAGAAAACUCGCGAAUAAUAAAUUGAUAUUACUAGUAUCUCAUUUUUGUUCGAGACCUUCACUUUAGUUGUUUAUAAUAUUUAUAGGAUAGUUGAAGCCAUUUAUAUAAUUUUAUUUGUACUGCAUAUGUAUUUUCCCCCUCUGUAGCUAACGUUUCCUUAUCGACAGCGUAUAAUAUGAAACUUGAAGAAGGUGAAUGCUAAUUGCCAUUUUGUCAUGUAAAACAGCAUAUUUACUGAUAAUCGCACUGACUCGUACGCCUGGCAGUGUGUCUUGCGUCUAACUGUCCAAGUACUGUGGAUUUGGAUUGUGGCGUAUCAAAUUGUUCAGUAUGACCAGGGGAGCCUCACGCAAAUAAAGUAAAUUAUUUUAACUACUGGCAUAGCCCCAUCAGGUUAUUUUGGUAUGGGUUUCGCACAGUAAAACCGCACGAAAGUUAAAACCAUUUUGAAGAAUUAAGUUAAAAAUAAGGAAAACCAAAAUAAGCAAAGACAAUAAUAAAUUGAAACCUUUACUUUAAAAAACAAAAUUAAUUUAAAGAAAAAAAUGCAGUAUAAAGGCAAAAUAAAACCAAAUAUAUAUAUAAAACCUGAACAAAGAACAGCACUCGUAACUAUAAAAAGAUUAUUAUUAUAUGAAACUAUAAAUCAAGGAAACUGAUAAAUCAUUAAAACUAGGCCUGCCGACACGGCAUUUAGAAAGUAAAAAGGUAAGCUAACCAAAAUCAAAAUUUACCCAAAUGGACAAACUAAAUACAAAAACACGAAAAUCAAGGAUAAAAACCGCUAGAGAUGAUAUUACAGGAUGGACUCCGGCAGGUGAGAUAAGGCUGUGACGGGAAGGUACAAAUUGCCCGACGAAGGGAGCGCGCGGGCGAGGAUGCUUGCUGUCGCGAGAGAGAGCGAGACAGCGUCGCGCGUGAAUAGCCACACUCGAUUAACUUUAAACAACUUUUAAUGACGCGUGCAAAAGACGCUUCAGUCGAUUAAUUAACUGCCUGGGCUACGGAGAAGCUAUAGUGUCCUGUUUUUUUAAUGAUAAAUAAAACACAGCGACUUCGUGUGAACAUGAACUGUUAUCAUAACAGAUCAUGUUUACUAUAGAGUAGUCUUCUUUCCACAAAAUAAUUAAUCAAAAUCAUAUAGUAUGUAUGAGGAUGCUCGUGUGAUUCCAGUGCCGCAGUUAGAGGUUACUAAGGAAUGGUGGUUCACUGCUGGCGUUGAAAGCCUUGGAUCAUUUUGAAUGCUGAAAGAAAUUGGCGAAACUGUGCUAGUGUGACAGGACCUGUUCAUAAUCCUGUAACUUCUCUCAGCGUUGCCAAGUAUACUCAACCAGGCUAGAGAGUUCAAGGAAAGAUGAAAUUUGUUUUUCUGUUAGUUAAUCUUUAUGGCAUUGCGAGGGCAAUCUGAAGAUUAAAUUCCUGUAGAGGACCAAAAGCUUGUGGAGAGUGCAGCUCGUUGCUGCCCAUGUUCAGCUCUUAUCUUGCUGUCUAUACUGAAGUGAAGACAACACCUGACAGCAGAUUCAAGAUUCCACAAAACCUAGAUACAAAGUUUCCAUCUAAGGAGUGCUUCUAAUCUUGGUAUCGGAAGAAAAUGAGUUUCCUCUCUGAGUGGAUGCCUUUGGCCCCACCUAGUGAUGAUGAAAUAUAUAAUCAAGAAAUUCUUAUCAAGGAAAAGGUUAAGGAAGAGAUCAAGAAAGAGAAUGAUCUGGAAAUUCAGGAAGAGAAUGAUUUGGAAAUCAAAGAAGAGAAGGAUCUAGAAAUUAAGGAAGAAAGUUUGGACUAUGAAAUGAGUGAUGCAGACCUAAAACACGACUAUCCUUCUUCUAUGGGAAGUAAGAGCAUCAGAGAAGAAGAAAAUGGAAGGAACUCAUAUGAAAUUAUAGAAGACUGUAAUGAUGCAUCAGUGACAACACCACUUGUGGCUGAUCAUUGUGAUACCAUGCAGACAUCAGACAGGCACAAGGAAGGAGAGGAAGAGGCAGCAUACCAAAAGCCAUGUUCUCAAAGAGUUAAAGCAGUUGAACAAAAUGAAGUGGAUACAAAUAAACCUCACACAUGUGAGAUAUGUUGUAAAGCAUAUGCAUCAAAAUACCGUUUACAUAACCACAUAAGAGAUAUACAUACAAAAGAGAAACCAUAUAAGUGUGAGGCUUGCAACAAGACUUUUACAGUCAACAGGAAGCUGGUAAUACACCGGAAAAUGGAAUGUGAAUACAAGUGGUCACCGGAUAAUAACCAGACAGCUAAGGAUGGCAGUAAAGAGAAGUCUGAAAAAGAAUCUGAAGUAUGGAAAUGUUUCACUUGUGAAGUGUGUAGUAAGAAAUUCCCUUUCAAACGUGGACUAUUGACACACAUGAGGGUUCAUACAAAGGAAAAACCUUUUAAGUGUGAGGUAUGUGCUACACCAUUUGCUAGGAAAACUGAUAUAAGUAACCACAUGAAGACACAUACAAGGGAAAGAUCUUAUGUAUGUGAUAUAUGUAGUAAAGGAUUCUCCAGGAAAUCUCAUCUUGAUGAACACAUCAAAAGAGUACAUCUAAAGGAGAGGCCUUUCAAGUGUAAGAUAUGUAAUAAAAGUUUCUUUGAUAAUUCACUUCUUAGGGAUCACAUGUCAAUUCAUACAGAAGAGGAUCCCUUUAAGUGUGAGAUUUGCCAUAAAAAUUUCUCUCGGAAAAAUAGUCUGAAGUUACACAUGAAAAGACAUGUAGGAGUUAAGUCAUUUAUCUGUGAGGUAUGCAGCAAAGCCUUCUUGAACAAACAUACAUUAGGGAUACAUAUGAGAGUACAUACAGGGGAGAAGCCCUAUACUUGUAAGGUAUGCAAUAAAACAUUUAGGGCUCUUUAUACUUUAACCAAACACAGUAGACUGCAUACUAGAGAGAAACAGAGUGUGUAAAAGGGGUAAAGGUUAAACAAGAUAAUUUUUUAUUAGACAUUUGUUCUAUUAAGAUGUAGAAGCUGGAUAUUCAAUCCCAAUAAAUCUCAUGAUAUAUGGAUCUAAUGCACUAUAUGAUUUUUUGUUUUCAAUAUUUCCUGUU